AUGGGCAACAAAGGGCGACCUCAGUUAGGAGCCCUGGAUCAGGAGUUGCAAGAUGAAUCUGAGUUUUCCAAUAACUUGAAAUGUGACCUUGGGAAAGCCAUUUACCAUCUGAACCACAGUUCCUCUUCGGUAGGAGAGAGUGAUGGCGUCUACCGGCGUAGCUCAUACAUUUGUUACAGCAUCAAGAUGAGAGUUCUAUGUGAAAUGGGUGCAAAGACCAGCUCUUCUACGUUGGUUCUAGAACGGUGGCAUGAGGCAUGGCGCUAUAAGAGCUUCAGAUCAGAGACGGUUCGCCUUUUCAUUAUUUUGACAGAAGCAAGAAUAUCAGCUGUGUGGAAGACAAUGAUCCCCGCCCUUUGGUUGUACGGCUUGGUGCUUCUUUUGCCUACAGAGUCCUGCAAAAUAUUCUGCCAGGCCACCAGCAAAAGCAAGGAGAAGGUGAUUUCCAGGCCACGUGAUGUAUGUGAUGGUGUAUGUAAGGACAAUACUGCCCCCUGCUUUCAAUCUUGCCCUCCAGACAGUGAGGGCAACAUGAAAUUUGCCUGUAAGGCCAAGAAAUGGCACAAAGUCACUGAAACCUGCCACACCCUUAAUGCCAUCAGCAUCUUUGAGGAGGAUGUGGAGUUAUUUUCAGUUCAAUCAUCUGAAUCAACUAUAGCUCUACAUGAGUCUCACAGACAAUCUCAAACCAUAACAGAUAUGUUGAUGGAAAAAUGUCCAAAGGAUUUGUCUUGCAUCAUCAGAAACAUUCAGAAGUCUCCCCGAAUACCAGGAAAUAUUGCUGUGGUGGUAGAGCUCUUGCAUAACAUCUCGACAGCUCUAACCAGAAAGGUCAAUGAGGAAAAGAUGAAGAGUUACAGUGCCAUGGCUAACCAUAUUCUUAACAGCAAAAGCAUAUCAAAUUGGACCUUCAUCCAAGACAGGAACAGCAGCUGUGUCUUGCUUCAAUCAAUCGAUUCAUUUGCAAGCAAGCUAUUUGUGAAGGAACAUCCCAUCAAUAUAUCACAUGUCUUCAUUCAUACCAUGGGUACUGUCAUGUCCAGGGACAGCCUUGGGAAGAAUUUCACUUUCUCGAUGCGCAUUAAUGAUACAAGUAAUGAAGUUAUUGGGAAGGUACUGCUCACAACUGAAGAGCUUCAGAAGGUUCCAUCUCCUUCCCAGGUCAUCAGCAUUGCGUUUCCAACUCUUGGGGCCAUCCUGGAAGCCAGUCUUUUGGAAAACAUGACUGUGAAUGGGCUUGUCCUGUCUGUCAUUUUGCCUAAGGAGCUUAAAAAAAUUUCACUGAUGUUUGAAAAAAUUAGUAAGGCAGAAGGGAGGAAGUCCCAGUGUGUGGGCUGGCACUCCCUGGAGAGCAGAUGGGACCAGCGAGCUUGUCAGCUGAUGCGAGAAAACUCCCAGCAAGCUGUUUGCAGGUGCUGGCCGAGCAAGUCAUUCACCUCUUUCUCCAUUCUCAUGUCACCCAACACCUUGGAGAACCCGGUUCUAAUUUACAUCACAUACAUAGGCCUAGGCAUUUCCAUCUGCAGCCUGAUCAUCUGCCUGUCCAUUGAGGCCUUAGUCUGGAGUCAAGUAACAAAGACAGAGAUCUCAUAUUUACGUCACCUGUGUAUUGCUAACAUUGCAGCCACCUUGCUGAUGGCUGAUGUGUGGUUCAUUGUGGCUUCCUUCCUCAGUGGCCCAGUAUCCCACCACAAUGGAUGUGUGGCUGCAACAUUUUUUGUUCACUUCUUCUAUCUGGCUGUGUUUUUCUGGAUGCUUGCCAAGGCUCUCUUGAUUCUCUAUGGAAUUCUGAUCGUGUUCCAUACACUGCCCAAGUCAUUCCUGGUGGCCUCUCUCUUCUUAGUGGGCUAUGGUUGCCCUUUGGUGAUUGCUGUCAUCACAUUGGCUGUUACAGAGCCUAGAAAAGGUUACCUCCGGCCUGAGGCCUGCUGGCUUAACUGGGACAUGACCAAGGCUCUUCUGGCCUUUGUGGUCCCAGCUCUGACCAUCGUAGUAGUAAACUUGAUUACAGUCACGCUGGUUGUCAUCAAGACCCAGAGAGCUGCCAUUGGUAGUUCCAUGUUCCAGGAAGUAAGAGCCAUUGUGAGGAUCUGUAAGAACAUUGCCAUCCUCACACCACUGCUGGGGCUGACUUGGGGAUUCGGAAUAGCCACAGUCAUCGAUGGUCGCUCCCUGGCCUUCCAUAUCAUCUUCUCCUUACUCAAUGCAUUACAGGGCUUCUUCAUCCUGGUGUUUGGAACAGUCCUGGAUCCAAAGAUAAGAGAAGCCUUAAAGAGUCGAGUGGCAUCUGCCAAAUGGAUCUCCAGAGUAUCAGAGGACCUUUCUUCUCAAUUCUCUUGCCAUCCUACCAAAGGGCCAAGCUAACCAACCAGGAUACAUCCCUAACACGGGAGGGUUGCUCACUCCUGGAAUGGCAGUGCCUGAGGAAGCAUGCACUUAACUCCUGUCCUCUUGCCAUUGGGUACUUUGAAGGAAGCUUCCCACACUUCAGAGCUGAUGGAGGAAGGGUGACAUGUGGAAAGCAUGAGGGCCCCUGUUGAAGCAGUUCCAUGCUUCUAAACAUGUCUUGCCCAUCAACUGUAAAUCUAUAUAUGACACACUAAGCAUCUGCAAGGGACAAGAAGAAAAAGUGGGACACAGUGACAGGG